AUGAGGUUUGUAGAUGCUGAUUAUACUGGAGAUAUAGAUGCCAGAAAGUCUACAACGGGAUAUGUAUUUACCCUUGUAGGAGGUCUGGUGGUAUGUUCGAGAUCCAUGGUACAGUCUCUGGUAGCAUUAUCCAUGACUGAGGUGGGAUAUAUGAUAGUUGCUGAAACUGCAAAGGAAGCCUUAUGGCUUACUGGUUUACUUGACAUGGAAAAUGCCUUUCUUCGUGGCAAUCUUGAAAAGGAGGUGUACAUGGACAUUCCACCAAGAUAUACUGCUUCCUCAGAGGCAAAGGUUGCAUGCUACAUGGGCAUUGAUUGGGUAGGAAAUAUUUCGGAUAGGAAAUCUACAUCGGGCUACUUCACAUUUGUAGGAGGUAAUCUUGUUACUUGGAGAAGCAAGAAGCAAAAAGUAGUAGCAUUAUCCAGCGCUAAAGCCGAAUUUCGAGGAAUGACUAAGGGUCUUUUGUGA